CAGAGAGGAGGCCCUUCUGCGCUAAGCGCCCAUGCGCUUAAGUGCGGAUGAGAAGCGUCUCAUCGAGGCCGCCGGCUGGCCGGAGGCGAAGCGGAUCCCUGGAUCCCUGCACGAAGCGAAGGGAAAAACCCAGGAUCUCCUGUGUGACCGUACGGCCCCGCGCUACGUGGAGAGCCCCCAAGAGUUCGCAGAGGCCCUGCUGCUUGAGGACCACUUGGAGGACAUUGUGAUUCUUCCGGAUGGGCUUCGGAGGACGGGCCUCUCACCCCGGGAGGCGCUCCCCGCGUGGCUCUGCGACGCCGCGUCCGUCGGAUCCGCCGGAAGCUCGGUGCUGCGUUGCCUCAAGCGCCUGGGGCCCCACCUGGAGUCCCACAAGGCAGCUUUGGAGUUCCCGGAUGACAAAGGCGUGCAGCGCGAGGCGCUUCCGAAGCCGUAUCCCUUCUGCCUUUGGGAUGACGAAGGUCGGGUGAACGCGGACGUGGCCACCCAGAUGACGAUGCCGGAGAGCUGGCGGAACUUGGGGCAGCGCGUGCAGGCGGCGGAGGCCUUGCUGAGGAAGGGGGAGCUGGAAGAGUCGCAUCUCUAUGCCUGCGAGAUGCGGCGGCUGCGGGAGCGAGAGGCCAACGAGUUCGCGCUGGACUACGGCUGUGAGGAGGGCACGAAGAGCCUUUGCUUGCGCCAUGCGCGAGACUGGCUGGCGCAGCUCUCCAAGUGGACCAUGUACUGGAACUGCUACGACGACGGGGUCUUUGUGGGGGGCCGUGGCAGUGGAAAGGGCCUGCAUGUUGACCAGGUGCUAUGGAGCAAUGUGGGCAAGCAGUGGCAGGGAUACAAGCUCAUGGUUACUUGGCCUGCAGGUAGCGAGAGCACACGGCUGGUGCGAGAGAUGGGGGACGCGCACUUCCGAGCGCCCUUGGAAGAACAGCAGCUUGCAGCGCUGAGGUGCGCCGCCCGGAUCGCGCUGCUGCGGCCGGGGGAUUUGUUCAUCUGCAGCGGGGGCGUGGCCCAUGCCACGCUCAGCGUCUCGGAGGAGCUGACCAUCACGGGCUACGAAUCCCUGGUGACGCUCCACCCCCGGCUGGUGGAGCACAUGCUGCACACCGGGUCUUCCUGCGGGCCAUGUGCUUUGGACAAAGGUGUCAUGGAGUCUGACGAGCUCAAGGAAAUGCGGCAGGGCAUGCUCAAGCGGCUUCUCGGGCUCAUGCAGGAGCAGUCGGCUCCGGCUUCCGGCCUCGUGCAGUCCGGGCGCCUGGGGGAGCCCGUGGCGCUGCCCGCGGCCGGGCUGCGCGAGCUGCUGGCCACGGCCGCGCGGCAGGUUGGAUACGAUCCAAGCUUCGCUGUGCUUUGUGGAAGCGCGGGAGUGUCCCGGCUUCUGGCUGCCAGCGAUCGCUUGCAGGCCACUGGCACAAAGAGACGUCGGACGAUGGAAAGCAAAGAUAUGUGAACCAGCGGC